AUGGGGGAUGCAAGGGGGAAGGGUGCUGCUGGUGGUGCCGCUGCUGGUGCUGCAGCUGGUAGGAUGGGAGGAGGAAGGGAGGAGCGGAGGGUGGGUUGGGUGGAGGAGGAGGGUGAUGCUAUGGGGGAGGAAAGGGGGGAGGGUGCUGCUGGUGGUGCCGUUGAGAUGCCGCUGAUGAUGCUGCUGCGGGUACUAUGGCAGCAACUCGAGAUGGGAGGAGGAGGAAGGGAGGAGCGGAGGGUGGGGAAGGUGGAGGAGGAGGAGGGCGAUGCUAUGGGGGAUGCAAGGGGGAAGGGUGCUGCUGGUGGUGCCGCUGCUGGUGCUGCUGCAGGUAGGAUGGGAGGAGGAGGAUGGUGGAGGAGGAGGGCGAUGCUAUGGGGGAGGCAAGGGGGAAGGGUGCUGCUGGUGGUGCCGCUGCUGGUGCUGCAGCUGGUAGGAUGGGAGGAGGAAGGGAGGAGCGGAGGGUGGGUUGGGUGGAGGAGGAGGAGGGCGAUGCUAUGGGGGAGGAAAGGGGGGAGGGUGCUGCUGGUGGUGCCGUUGAGAUGCCGUUGA